AUGGCCUCCUGGUUUGGGGGGAGCGACCCCCUCCUGGUCCUGCUGGUCAUUAUCUUGCUGGCGCGCUUCAUCCUGUGGUCUUGCCUGGGGACCUAUGUUGAUUACAGGCUGGCCCGGCGGCAGCCCCGCAAACCCAAGGAGGACUAG